AUGGCGCACCACGAGUCUGAGGAUCACAGCUACCACCCCCAGGAUGCGCUCUCAGUAGCUAUGAAGGCCACUGCCCUGACGGGUGGCAUUGGUCUUGUUGGCUCUGCUGUCCAGAACACCCUGGCCAGGCAGAACGUUGGAGCGCUCGGCAUCUUCAUGCGCAGCGGUAGCACCAUCGGUGUCCUCGCCGCGAUGGGUGGUACCUACUCCUUCGUUAAGACCGCCUCGGCCAACCUGCGCGAGCAGGAAGACACCUUCAACACUGCCCUCGGUGGCUUUUUCUCCGGUGCUAUCCUCGGCCUUCGACUCCGCACCUUCCCCGCCGUCGUGGGUUACGGUGCCGCCCUGUCGACCUUCAUGACCGCCUUUGAAUACACCGGCGGCAGCCUCUUCGGAUCCAAGAAGGACCAGGACGUUGAUGAAUACGAUCGCCGCACAGCAUUGCGGAAGAACUUCCAGACCGCGGGCGAGCAGAGUGUCGCCGAGCUGGGCGAGGGGCGUGGUAUCUACGGCCCGAACUACGAGCAGCGCCGCGCAGAGCGGAUUAAGGAGGCGUACGGCAUCGAGGUUCCCACAUCUCCGGUCCCUGCAUCAUAA